UCUUUCUUAUUUUAUUCCUCCCUUUUUUCUAUCCUUCUUCUGUCCAUUUCCCUUCCUUUUUCCGUUUCCAAUCAAUUAAACAAUGAAUGAAUCAAUCUUCCUCUCUCUCUCUCUCUCUCUCUUUCUUUCUCUCUUUUUUUUUCUUCCUUUCUUUAAAGGACACCGGAGAGAGGAUGUGAGCGCGCGCCUGUCAGCAGAUGGCAGCCCGGUACUCCAGAUUUUCGUCUCCUGGCACGCGAACAUCACCCGCUCCUCUCCUCCUCUCUCCUUCUCCUCAUCUCUCUCUCUCUCUCUCUCUCUCUGCGCGCGGAAGUCACAGUCUACUCGUUCCCAGCGAAUCGGUUCUCCGUGGGUUUGGAGCUCCACCACGCACUCUCACGCACACGCACAGAAGAGACACGGGCGCGCGUCAUGGCGCACGUCGCGCACCUGUUCGUGGCGCUGGCGUGGAUUAUUUCGGCGCACGGAUCUGACUGCAGCGGCGGCGGUGUCGGGAUCGGUGUUAGCGUUCUGGACCGGAGGCACGAGCAUCACCGCUUCCUCCAGGACAUGGAGGAGAAGGUGGAGAAGGUGGAGGAGGUGGGGACCGGACUGGGACCGGGACCGGAUGCACCGCGGCGGAGCGCCAGGUCCCCGAAAGUGGCGUCUCUGCUGAGCAGCUCGUUCGUGCUGAAAGGCGACGCCGCGCACAACCAGGCGAUGGUCCACUGGACUGGAGAGAACAGCAGCGUCAUCCUGAUCCUCACCAGAUAUUACCACGCUGAUUCCAGCAAAGUGCUCGAGAGCUCUCUCUGGAGGUCCAGCGAUUAUGGAACAACCUACACCAAACUCAACCUGAUGCCCGGGACCACCAUCAUCGUCACCAACUUCUACAUCUGUCCUGGUAACAAGAGGAAGGUGAUCCUGAUCAGCUCCACCAUUAAUGAACAAGAUCAAAUGCUCUUCAUCAGCACAGAUGAGGGAGCGUCAUUCCAGAGACAACCGUUGUCCUUCACCAUCGAGACACUCCUAUUCCAUCCAUCAGAUGAGGACAAGCUGCUGGCUUACAGCAAAGAGGCCACGGUCUACGUGUCCACUGAUCUGGGGAGGAAAUGGAGGCUGCUACAGGAGCGAGUGACCAAAGACAAAGUAUUCUGGUCUGUUGCCGGGGUGGAUGUGGACCCCGAUUUGGUUCACAUGGAGAUUCAAGACACUAGUGGAGGUUGCCUGUAUGUCACGUGUCUGAUACAGAACUGCUCGGAUAAGAUGGUGACGGUGCAGUUCCUCGGGAAAAUCGACCAUAACUCCCUUUCAGUGCAGAACGACUACGUGUUUGUGAAGGUGACCAUGGCUAAUCGAACCAAGUGCUAUGUCUCAUAUCGGAGGAAUGAGUUUGUGCAGAUGCGCUUGCCCAAGUUCGCCCUGCCGAAGGACGUUCAGGUUGUGAGCACGGAUGAGAACCAGGUACUGCUCGCCCUGCAGGAAUGGUACCAGACGGACACGUAUAACCUCUACGCCUCGGACCAGCAGGGGGUGUAUUACUCCGUUCUGCUGGAGAAUGUUCGCAGCACCAGACAGCCCGAGGAGAACGUCAUCAUUGACGUGCUGGAGGUGCGUGGAGUCAAAGGUGUCUUCUUGGCCAAUCAGAAAGUAGACGGCAAAGUGAGGACUCUCAUCACGUACAACAAAGGGCGUGACUGGGAGCUGCUAGCUCCGCCUACCGUCGACAUGAACGGCAAACCGGUGAACUGCAAACAGCCAGACUGUCAUCUUCACCUCCACCUGAGAUGGGCUGACAACCCGUACGUUUCAGGGACGGUCCACACCAAAGACUCCGCCCCCGGGCUCAUUAUGGGGGCAGGGAAUCUGGGGUCUCAGUUGGUGGAAUAUAAAGAGGAGAUGUACAUCACCAAUGAUUGUGGAAAGACCUGGAGACAGGUGUUUGAAGAGGAGCACCACAUCCUGUAUCUGGAUCAUGGAGGCGUCAUCGUGGCCAUCAAAGACACGUCCAUCCCAUUAAAGAUCCUCAAGUUCAGCGUGGAUGAAGGACAUACGUGGAGCAUCCACAAUUUCACCAGCACGUCGGUGUUCGUGGAUGGCUUGCUCAGUGAACCCGGAGAUGAGACGCUGGUUAUGACUGUGUUUGGUCACAUUAGCUAUCGUUCAGACUGGGAGUUGGUGAAGGUGGAUUUCCGGCAGGCUUUUCCUCAGCAGUGUAAUGAGGAUGACUACGACUCAUGGAUACUCACAAACCUCCAGGGAGAGAGUUGCAUCAUGGGACAGCAGCGAAUAUACAGAAGAAGGAAGGAGUCAUCUCUGUGCGUUAAAGGGAAGAGCUACACGUCUGCACUAACAGCUAAACCCUGUCAGUGCACAGAGAAAGACUUUAGCUGUGAUUACGGAUUUGAGCGCAGCCCGAAGGCAGAGGGUGAUCGCUGUACCCAUGACUUUUGGCACGAUCCGGAAGCUCCGCCCGAAAACUGCCAUUUGGGACAAACCUACCAGACCAGCACCGGCUAUCGUAAGCUCAUCUCCAAUGUGUGUGAAGGAGGGAUGAAUAAGGAGGAGAGUGGAAAGCAGCACGUCUGUCCUCUGAUGCCCCCUAGAGGCCUCCAGCUGGGCAUCAAGGGGCAGAUGCUCACUGUGGCGCCUGGUGAUGACAUCACCUUCAUGGUCCAUCAGGAGCGGGGUGAUACCAGCAGUACCCGGUACCAGGUGGACCUCUCUGACGGAGUCCGUGCGAUCUAUCAGAACCUGACAGUGACGGAUGAACCGAUCCAGCAUCGCUACGAGAAGCCGGGAUUUUAUCGGGUCAGCGUGAAGGCGGAGAACAGCGGAGGUCACGAUCAGGCCACGUUGUACAUCCGUGUCGCACUGCCUCUACAGGAAGUCCAUCUGGAAGUGGUGCCCAUUGCAGGAAGGAAACAGGAAGUGAACCUGUCAGCUGUGGUGCUUCCUGAGAACUCGAACCUCACCGUGUACUACUGGUGGAUUGGCGAUGAAGUACAGCCGAGGCUGACUCUGGAGAACAGCAUACUGACGAGUUUUUCGGAAGUGGGUGAGAUCUCCGUGACGGUUCAGGCUUCUAACGGCCGCUCCACCGUGCAGGACAGCAAAACCGUACGGGUUUACGAUCACUUCCACAUCAUUCCUCUUGGCUUUAGUCCCAAUUUGGAUCGCUUCAAUCCAAACAUCCCGGAUUGGAGAGAGGAUGUAGGGAAUGUGGUGACAAAGAUGUUGGCCAAGAUCACAGGACUUCCUCAGGACUCCAUGGUUGCCAUGGUGAAGCCAGGGCUACCAACCAGAGCGGAUUUAUACUUGUUGCCCACGGAGGACACGCCCACCGCAAGGACUGGUUUUGCAGAUAAGCGCUUGUCCACCAUAAAGCAGGCUCUGAGAGAGAGUAACAUCAGCUUCCUCGUGCGAGGUGGACUCAGAGUGCUCGUGACCCUGACCAAUCCUGAUGCAGGUUCUCGGAUCGGUGCCGCAAGUCCUGGGUUCUGGGCUUUGGCCGGCGUUCUUCUCAUCACCUUCAUCACCACAGGACUCUUCCUCGUCUACAAGUUUAAAAGGAAGCUGCCGGGACGUAACGUUUAUGCCCAGAUGCACAACGAGAAGGAGCAGGAGAUGACGAGCCCCGUCAUUCACAGCGACGACACGCAACACAUCAUCCAGGGGGAGGAGUUUAUCGACGACGACCUCGACUCUCAGACGCUGGGGAACGGCCGAGGUAAUCACUCGGGUGUCGUGCUGAGCAUCACAUCGAGGGAACUCCACGGAUACCUGAGCAGCUGAUGCUCUUUAGCACCGCCCACCAGGAAGGAGGCUGCUUUUAACUCUGCACACCUGAAUGGACAAUGGCUUUUAGGCCACGCCCACUUAUGACCCUAACACGCCCAGACAGGAGGAAACGGGAAACUGCACAUGUUAACCAUCAGCACAGCAACACCUCACUUAUCUAUCUAUCUAUCUAUCUAUCUAUCUAUCUAUCUAUCUAUCUGUCUGUCUGUCUGUCUGUCUGUCUGUCUGUCUGUCUGUCCAUCUAUCUAUCUAUCUAUCUAUCUAUCUAU